CCACCGGCCACCAGGAGGCCAGCCUGCUGCGAUGGAGGCUCCAUGCUCAGGACGUGCUUCAUUCUGCCCCAGAUCCUGCCCUCGUACUCCUCCGUCAUCUCAGUCUCAAUCUCACCUCGAUCCCGCACCGCUUUGUCUGUUGCCUUGUCAAAGCACACUGCGCCGGCCCUGCUUUGUCCAGACUGCGCCGAGCCAUUGCUUAUUUAGUGACUCCACAACCUGGCCGGGACUCGCAACUCAUUCCUCUUUCUCCAUCUCCUUGCUGUCUUCUCGUUCUCUCCUGGACCUCGACGGCCAGCCUCCACUCCUUCAUCUUUCUCUCUCGCCGUCAUGAUCUUCCGCAUACCUCUCCUGCUUUACCUUCUCGCCAACGUCGCGCCUUCUGAUGCUGGCAUACUCGCUCGCGGGUCUGGGUCAGUUGCACGCGUGGCCAGCCGUGCACACCAGCGGGGCGCGGGCCUCGUUCGCGAUCUGCGUCUCGCAUACUCAAGCAUACUCAUUGGUCGGUCAGACGACGGCUCAAGCUCACAGCAGCCAUAUUGCGUGAACGUCGCGUCAAAUGGAUCGUCGCUCACCGGUGGAGGUGAUACUGGAGGAGGGAGCAGGGGCGGUUCGUCUGGGACGGUGCAACCUUCGGGAACAUCGUCUGCGGCUCCAGCGGCUAGCAGCAGUGCUGCUGCCGCUUCGUCUCCGUGGAAACUCAAGCAGAGUUACGAAGGAAGCUCAUUCUUUGGUGGAUGGUCCUUCUUCACUGACGCUGAUCCAACCGGCGGCACGGUGGACUAUGUGGACGGAUCUGCUGCUCAAUCCGCGAACUUGACAGGCGUCAACAGCGCCGGGAACGCCUACAUGCGCGUCGACACCACGCCCGUCGUCUCCGGCACGCGCAAGAGUGUGCGCAUCACGACCGAAUUCACGUAUACCCAGGCACUCGUCGUUCUCGAUGCGGUGCACAUACCCACCGGGUGCGGGACAUGGCCCGCGUUCUGGUCGAACGGCCCGAACUGGCCCGCCGGCGGCGAGAUUGACAUCGUAGAGGGAGUGAACACGUACACGAACGACCAGGUUACGCUCCACACAAACACUGGAUGUUCGUUGCCAUCGACGGACGUGAGCAAGUUGGAUAUCGCUGGGACGCUGGUUAGCAGCCAGGAUUGCUCGGUGUCGGGGACUGGGGAUACGGGGUGUGGCGUGCGAUCUACCGCGACGAACGCGUUUGGGCCUGGAUUCAACGCGAUGGGUGGUGGUGUCUACACGAUGAAAUGGGACGACACUGGUAUCACAGUCCACUUCUUCCCUCGCAGCUCUAUCCCGAGCGACAUCACCUCCGGCGCGCCAAAUCCGUCGGCCUGGGGCACUCCCAUCGCCAGCUUCCCCUCUUCUUCGUGCAACACGACGGAGUUCUUCUACGAUCAUUCGGCUAUCUUCGACACAACGCUCUGUGGCGCUUGGGCCGGAGAUGGCUGGGGUGCUUCUGGCAUUCCCGGACAGGAGACCAGCUGCGCCUCAAUGACGAGCACUGCGACUUGCGCGGAUUACGUGCUGAACAAUGGUGCCGCGUUUAAUGAAGCAUACUGGGAGGUCAAGAGCGUCAAGAUCUACCAGACAAGCUGAAUUGUCACAUUUAUACUGCCUUGCGUCACCUUUCUUUUGAUUGCACUCACCCGAGCACCACCGUCUUCUUGUGGACAUGUAUCAUGGCCUACAUCACUGUUCCCUUGUAUCGUUAGCUUUUCCAGUUCCAACGUUAUCGAUUAGCUUCCACGAGCAUACCAGCCAGGAGAGGCGUGAGACAU